AUGAGUAGUGAACCAGUAGGAUGGUUUCGUCUGGUCCUUACAGAAUCGAUUUGGCCGCGAGUACCUAGAAAUCAGACAGGAAGGACUUCGCCACUUGAUGUUAACUGCAACAACGGGUUGAUUGGAAGAAGGAUAACAGUAGGAUCGGCACAGAAAGAGACAGGGAUUCCGCGUUCCAUUAAAGGAACAGUACAGCGACACCAAAGAAGUAUAUUCAAGACAGUGGCAUCAGAGAAGAAUGAAUGCAUCGUCGCCGAAACUGUUCACAUUGCUAUAUUUCAAAAGGGACAGGUUUUUGACAUCAUGGUGCACUACACGUGGGACGGUAAGAGAUCAGAAAAAGAGGUGUCAUCUAGUUCUGAUGGAGAGUUG